ACGUCGGUGUCCCGCAUCCACGCCGAGCUGCACGCAGAGAGGGAGGCGAGCGGCGGUGACGCGGCGCCGCAGGAGGAGGGCUGGAGGGUCCACAUCAAAGACAGGAGCAGUCAUGGCACCUGGGUCAACGAGGUCCGCCUCCAGCCAUGCGUCCAGUGGGAGCUCUCAGAUGGCGACACGCUGACCUUUGGUGGCCAGUCUGCUCCGGGGAGCCCCGAGUUCUACUUCCUGUUCCAGAAGGUCAAAGUUCGCCCGCUGGACUUCGAUGCCAUCACAAUUCCGAAGGCAGGAACCUUUUCCUCUGACUUGCAGAACCGGAUCAGGACAAACCAGGACCGCAAGGUGGAGGCCAACCUGGACCUGUCCAAGCUGUCAAUCAACCGGGCCACCGUCAUCCUCAACUCCAUCGGCAGCCUCAGUAAGAUGAAGGGCAGCGCCUGGACCUUUAAGAGGAGCUACAGCCACGAGGGAACCGUUUCAGACCCCGGCUCCUCCUCCUCCACGCCUCCGCUCGCCGCUGGCUUCUCCUCUCUGCUCCCUCCCUCCACCCCUCCAUCGUUCCCGCCUGCAACCUCAGUGCCUUCAACAAAGUCCCUCCAGCCGACCUCCAGGAGCAGGAGGAAGUCGGCUCACACGGUGCUCCUCGAGGACGACAGCUCAGACGAGCCCAGGAGUCGGGGAGUUCUGACAGGAGUUGUGGAGGACGGACAGAAACCGAGAGGGAAGAAGAGGCGGCGGCUCUACAAGUCUGAGUCGGAAGGUUUCAGCUCACCUCCUCCUCUGCCGCUGCAGCCCAAGAGCCACAAUGAUGUCAGGAGGCCCCUGGAGGCCAAGCCCUUCCCUGUCGGCAUCAGGACAAUUGGCAGUUUCCACGGCGCCAUGACGAACAGCCGAAUAAACCACCACCUCCUUCAUGCGUCGUUCACCAACGCUGCGGUUCACAAACAGGACGCGGCGACGAUGCACCGCAUCAAGACGGUGGUGCAGGGUAACAUCGCAGCUUUCCGCCAACAGAAAGCUGCCCACGGUUCUCUGACGGCGCAGAGGGGCAGGCGGAGGGCUCACAGCUCUCCAGUUUUCUCUCCUCUGGUGGUGGGCGGGGAGAACUACAGCCUGGCCUCACCCUCAGUGAGGAUCUGCACGGAGGAAAGAGGAAGGGUCCAGUUCAGCAGAUUUCACCAUCAGACUAGCAAGCGACGAGGCCGCCCCAGAAAACACCCUCUCCCUCCGCGGCCGUCCCUCCCCUCUCCAUCCUCCUCAUCCUCCUCUUCCACCUCCUCAGCAUCGUCCUCCUCCUCUGGCUCCUCUUCUUCCUCCUCAGAAGAUGAGGAUGACGAGGAAGAAGAUGACGAAGAGACAGCGGUCGGGGCAGUCGAGCCGUGCGCGGCGCCGCGGUGCCGGCUGCCCCAGCAGGACACGGUGCAGUGGAUCCAGUGUGACGUGUGCGACGCCUGGUACCACAUAGACUGUCUGCACGUCGACCGCAAGAAGCUCCUGGUGGACCCCAACGCUGACUUCCACUGCGGCUGUCGCUGACUGGACAGAGUUUGUGACCAUGAAAUGACAUAAAUGCUUCAGUUUAGAUGUUUCCCCCUACAAUGUUUAUUUCCCUCCAACUCAAUGAAAACAGGCUACUACUUCCUCUCAUGGCCCAGGCUGCUCUUCUCACACAUGCAGUACUUAUCUUUAGCCUCGUCAGCAGCUGGCGAGGGCGGGAAAAGAUAUUCCUUUCCAAGUUCGAGGAUUUGUGUCCCGACAGUCACACGAGCGCUUCCACAAACCCCCUCUGUUGGCUCAGUUUCAGAUUUUGAGGGACGAGGCAGAACUGAGACGAAACAUCUCGGGUCUUUGGCCUCGUCGGCCUGGAGAGGUGUGAUCAGGGUGGGAGUGCAUGAUGAAAUGUCUCCGGGUUGACUCCCACUGUGGCUUUGCACGCUGACCAGGGGGCAGGCGGCGUUCAGGAAGAUUAAUGAAAUGUUUCAGACCACUGUAAGCAGACUCCACAAGGUGAUUAAACUAGCGUCGAUGUCUCAGUGUGGCCUCCCUCACUAUUUUACCAGCUCAAUUUUUCAGAGCAGAAUUGGACCUUCCAGCAUCUCUACCCCUGCCAGAGAAAACGGCGCGGGGACGGUGUUUUCCCACCUCAGCAAUAAUAAAACUGGAUGAGAUGUUUCAGUGCCUGGGUGGCAGCAGCUGUCUCGGAGUGGGCGUGUGAUGUUUCAAGAUAAUUAACCGGCAGGAAACGUGUCAGCAGACUUCUGUUGUUGCUACUGAUGAGAAGUGCUCUCGGGACUCUAAUCAAAUGUUUGAAGACGCUCCUGCAGAGGCAGCUGCUGGGGUUUUUUGGAGGGGGGGGGCGUGUACAGUGGGACUGUGUUUUUCUAAGAUGUCUGAGUGCAGCCUGGCACUGUGGCUGCAGCUGGUCUGGGAGGAAUCAUUAGCAGUGAAAUGACAAGAAAUAUCUGCUGCUGGUGUAACAGGAUGAACCGAUUCUUGUGGGUUCAACCUGUGGCUACGUUCUAAAUCAGAAGUUUGGAAACGACCCCAACAGUCAAAAACAGACAUUUGGGAACGCCACAUUUUACUUCAAUGCUGUUCCUCGCUUGUAAUAUUUUCUGUACCUAGAGCUGCUUCCAGACAUGCACUGAACUCCUUCUGUAUGUGAGAACGCACAUGAGGGCGUGUGGAUGACGUUUCUGACAUGUGGCGGACAAAACAAAAGACAGAAACACAAAAUAUUCCAAAUACCUCAGGAUGACAAAGAGGAACGUUAACUUGGAAAGACGAUGUGAUGUGAGAGUUUUUGAUGUAAAGGGCCAAAGCAACUGCAGAGCGGACAAUCUGCUUCCUGUUUACACCUGUUAACUUGCCCAUGAACGGUCUCGUGAAAUGCUCAAACGCUCGUGUGGACGGUGGAAGUGUAAAACGUAGUUGUGUGGAUGUUGCCUUUAUGUUGAUGGGGUUUUUUCCGGGUCGUCUCUUUAUGUCACACUCCGCCUUUUGUCUCCUCACGCCACUGAACUGCUUUUGUCCUGGAUGAAAUGAGCUGGACCUGAGCCGUUGAACAAUAUGUGCAUAUUCACUCUGGUGCUAGAAUAAAAUCAAAAAGAACAUUUUCUUUUAUUUAAUUGUACAUUUCUACUGGGGUUCGGCUCGCCAGGACAAAAGCAGUCGCUUUGCUCAUCCUACGUUUCGAGCAGCGUCUGGCAGAUCUGACUCGAUUCAGAUGACGACAGUGAUGCAGUAAAUGAACAUGGUUCAUGUGGUGUUGUGUAAAAGGUGACAACCAAAUUCUACUUUAAUCAAACUACUGUGUCUUGGAGUGAUCGCAAAAAUGAGUCUGAUAAA